GUUGUUUACCGCAAGCAUUGAACAUGGAACAUGUUUUGUUUGGUUUGUUUUCGUGUAGAUGGAUUGGUAUGUAUGUGCGUUAACCUGAGUCUAACACGGUUGACAUACUAUUAACUUACUUCAUUUUUUUGCAAAGAGUUUAUUGAUUGCUGCAUAUCUUGUAGGAAUAUCUAGUAUUGGUUACUUGGUAGCUAGCUGGCUAGCUAGCCCUAUGUUGCUCAAGAUGGAGGCAUAGGCUAAGGCUUUGGUUUCCUAUUGGAUUCUAUUCCCUGAAUUCUUAUUUUUCGCUCUAGCAAGGGAACCAGAGCUAACUGGCUCCCAAUGUAGCUAGCUGGACUCAACAUUAGCUAAUAUUCGUGAAAACCAGAAACUGCAAUAACUCCCAAACACGUUAAAUUAGAUAAUUUGAGAUAGGGCAAAUAGUUUACUUUUGUUGACAUGACGACCGACAUAGAGGCGAGUCUUUCUGUCUCUUUUGAUCUUUCUUCUGCCAUUGAAGAAGCUGUGAGGUCUGCAGUGUGUUCCGUGCUUGGCCAGAUUCAAAGAUUAAUCGGCAGUGAUGUGGCACAGCUCAGAGCGGCUGUGGCUAAAAAGGAAUGUGAAAUCGAGAAACUUAGGGCACAGCUCGAUUUGGCAAGGCGAGAGCUGAGAGAACGGUUCAAUAGUAAGAAAAGGUCAGAUUUAAGUGGCGACGUGUCACAUUGUACUGAACGCGAGGUUGGGAAUAAAAGUUCUCAUGAUGUGCAUAGUGACACAGACGAAGACCAAAACAGUUUGCCUUUGGAACACAACUCAUCACUUUGGUCUCAGCCUUGGGACAGCGACACCGGUAGUGAUUUGCAGCAUAACUUCAUAGACCCGCUUGGGAGCGUCGAAUCAAAACAUGGCUUUUCACCAGAUGUGGACUACAGGCUAGAGGCUGCUGAAUCAGAGCCAAACCCAACUAGAGAACCCCUGGACAUGAUCCCUGACCCUGAGCAAAUGAAGACGGACCCCUCUUUGUCUUAUGAAGAAAGUAAGGCAAGUGCCCUAGACGAGGCCCACACGACAAGGGAGCUUAGGGUCGUCCAGGUUAAAGAGGAACUUCCUACCGGACUGCCGUCUUCUACUGUACCUGAACUCUCUCAUCCUGCCAAACCAAAACCUUACAUCUGUGGUGAGUGCGGCAAGAGCUACCUCUGGCUGAAAAGCUUGAAGAAGCACCAAAAGAUCCAUUCUGGCGAGGCCCCGUUCAGCUGCAGCAUCUGCUGCAAGCACUUCUCGUCGCAGCAGCUGUUUGAGGGGCAUCAGCGCGUGCACACGAGUCUGCGGCCGCACCGCUGCGCCAGCUGCCCCAAGACCUUCAGCCACCUCUCCAACCUGAAGAAGCACCAGCUCAUCCACACGGGGGAGAAACCGCACCACUGCGGCCUCUGCGGCAAGCGCUUCAGACAGAUCCAGCAUCUGAAGGAGCACCACAAGACCCACGAGGACAGCAAGCCCUUCCGCUGCGGGGAGUGCGGCUGGGGCUUCAAUCACGGGUCCAACUUCAAGCGGCACCUGCUCGUACACACGCGCCAGAAAAUGCGCCACGGGCUUGGCUCUUGACUGCAGUUCUCGGAAGCUUCCAAGAAAAAUACUCAGUUACUAUUGUAUUUGGAGUGAUUACACAUUUCUCACUCUUCCUAAAAUUUGUAGGCUAACUUUCAAGAAUAUGGGGUUAAAGGUGAACAUUGUAGGUCCUGCAAUGGUUGACUUUUUGACAUAUUUUCAGUUAAUUAAGUGUCAUUUUACUGUGACUGAACACGACUGAUGACUGAAGUUACGAGCUACUAUCAAAAUCUCUUCAAUGAUGAAACUGCAGGUUUUCCAUUACUACUUUGUUCACCCAAAGAUAAAAAUGUUAAAUGUUAUUAAACAAAACGGUAAUAUUUAAAGAAAAAGAAAAAGAAAUUGUGCAACCCAAACAUGCAAACAUUGUCUCGAACAGUAUUCAGAGGUUCAGAUUUUAUGACAGCAGAUAAAAACCUACACAUGUACAAAGCCUGUAUCACAGUGCAUAUGUGAACAAUACAGGUCGUGAUAAUGUCCUUUUUAUUUUCACAGUAUACUUGCCCCUGUGUAAAGGCAUCACAUAUUUUGUUACACUCUUAAAUUCUUUAGCAUGUAAUGGAUCGAAGUCUGUGACUCUGCUGAUAGACAUGUUUUUGUGAGGGGAAAAUGUGUGCUUGUAAACCUGUUUAUUUUUCUUUUCAGCUACGAAAUUGAAGAUUUUCUUUCCAAUUGUUGUGAUUUUGGCCAUCAGGUUAAAUGCAGUUUUUAAAGACAUAAUGAUUAACUGCAUGAAUGAAGAGUAACAAGAAAAAUUGUCAUGUCAUUGGCAAAGCUUGUCAAUGUAUGUGUACGUAUUUACAAUACUAUUUGAUGCGACAAUGCAAUAGAUUUAUAAAUCAUAGUCUGGGUAACUUGCGUUGCUUCAGAUGUAGUACCUGAGGCAAAGUUUUAUUUUGAUCCUGAAUUAUGGGGCUAUUCCACGCCAGCUCCAGGAGGUUGCACCACAGAACCUCUUGGAUUUUUCUGUUUUCUGUGUGUUGGUAGACAAUUAUCAAAUAUAAAAUUCCUGAAAACUUGAGCGUCAUACUCGUUUCCUGGUAGAGUUUGCUGGAUGUCGCAAUGAAAAACACGUCGUAGAAAAAAAUAUGAUACAGGUCCAUAAUUUUGUAAAGAAAAAUCCCAAAUCUUUAUAAAAUCAUGUAUAGUGAUAUCGUUUAAUGUAGAAUUCACAUAUGACCUCAGAAAACAUGCAUCAACUUUUGUUUUGAAGAUAUUUGGCCACGAGGGACCAAUUUUGGUGGGGUUACAGCUCCAAAAGUAAACAUACCUUCAGUGUCAUUUUAUUUGUACUUCAUCUGAGAAUACUUUCCCACUGUAUAAAGAUAAACACGCUACUAAUAACAUUAGCUGAGAUACCCAUAGAAAUUUCAAUUUGCCCAUUUUCGGUACAUUUACACCAACCUGGAAACAAGUGUCAGAUUUCACCCGACAAUAUGUUAUAUCCUGAAUCAACCUUUCUAGAAAUAAUUAACUUUGGUACUCUGUGGUUUCAUUUAUACAACACUUCCAACUAUCUCAACUUCAUAUGCCUUUUACAGCCACUGUGGACUAGUCCACUUUUUAAACAUGGUUUACUGCAUACGUACUUAAUGAACUUUAAAAAAUAAUCUGUUAAUAGUGUUUAUUGUUCUGCCAUCACUCCAAAUGCUACUUGAAAGAAUGAGAAGUGUUCUAUUUUUAUGUAUUUUAUUUACUUUAUUGGAUUGAUGUGUGUACAAAUGUCAUUUCAAAUCAUACAUAAAAAAUGUUUAGUUUCAAACGUUACAUGACCUAUGGGAUAAUUUGUUAUUUUAUAAUAUAUAUGAAGUAGCAUUUAGAGUGAUACUAAAACAAGACCCAAUUGACAGAUUUAGUUUUUUCUUUAAGAUCACACCCAAAUGACAAAGUGGGGUAGUCCAAAGUGGCUAUACUGGUAACUGCAAUCAGACUCUUGCAUUUUAGAUAAUAGGGGUGUUACAGGCAUGUAAAGAUGUAAUAAGUUGGGGUAGUUCGAAGUGUUAUAUAAACAAACCAAAAGCUAGUACCAAAGCUAAUUCUAGAAAAGUUGACUGGAUAUGUUGAAGUUACAUUCUUAAAGUAGAGGGUUUGGUGAAAUUUCUGACACUGGUUUCUGGGCAGGUCUAAAUGUGCCGGAAACAGCCAUAUCUCAUCUGAUGUUAUCAGGAGCAUGUUUAUCUUUACACUGUGGAAAGUGCUCUCAGAUGACUCUAAAAUUAGUCUCUGGUGGAAAAGAUAUCACCAAAAAGAAAGCAGAUGCAUGUUUUCUGAGGUGAGAUAUGAAUUCUACAUACAAAAUUAUCUCUAGAUACAAAUUUACAAAGAUUUAGGGCUUUUCCUUACAAAGUUAUAGACUUUAAAUAUCAUGUUUUGUGCCACAACACAUUUUUCUUUGCAACACCUACUAAAGUUUAAAUGGAUCUACUGGGAAAACAAAAUUAAGUAUAAAGCUCAAGUUUUCAGGAAUUCUAUAUCUCAUCAUUCUCCACCAACACACAGAAUAAGAGAAAAAUCCAAGAGGAGCUGUGGUGCAGCCUCCUAGAGUUGUCAUGGAAUAGACCUAUGUCAUUUUGAAAGAGACUGUCUUGUUGUUUGCAAACAAACUAUCCAAUACUUGAUAUUGAACAGUAUUUGACAUUGUCAAUAUCUUGAUGUUUUAAUGUUGGAGAAAGUCCAUUGUGUAAUUGUCCAGAUGCUUGUAUAGAGCCCCUAGUAUAGAGCACCUAGUUUGGAAACUCAUUUUCUUUCUCCUACCUUAAUUAUGUCUCGGAAUGUUCUCACAAUGUUGCUCUCUUUGUGUAUUGAUGCAGUAAGUACCUUUUUACUUCCCUGAAGCCGAUCAAGUAAUAAAGAUGAAGAUGAAUAAA